AGCUGUUCUGAGGAAAGGUGGUCUCCAGUGGUUAGCGCAUGAGCCUGGAACGGGGACAACCAGUGUUCAAGUCCUUUCUCUGCUAUGGGAAUCUCCAAGAAUCCCCUCAGUGCCCGCGCUGGCAUGGGGUCGUUCUGAAGGUCGGGUGCGCCGGGGUCAUCGUCCUGCUGGUGAUGGUAGCCGGGCUGAGUGCUUGGGUUUUUCAGGGCUUCUCAAAUAAAACGGAGGAAAGAUCAGCCUUGAAGAGCGACAGUGUCACACCGAGAACCGGAAGUGGAGGAGAACACAACGCCAGCCUGCAGGACUUGUUUUCUCGUCUGAAGCAGAGUCUGUGUGAUCCGGCCGAGAUAAACUCAGCAGGUGGCUCCGGGUGCAAACUCUGCCCCGGGAACUGGGUGCUGCACGGGGACAAGUGCUACUGGCUUUCGAACGAGGCUGGCACCUGGAGCAAGAGCCACGACGACUGUUCAAGGAAGGGAUCUCAAAUGCUGGUGAUCCAGGAUCAGGAACAGAUGGAUUCCCUGCAGCCUGUCCUACCAGCUGACAAUGCUGUUUGGAUUGGCUUAACAUAUAACUUGACACAAAGGAAGUGGACCUGGCUGGACGGUGCCUCUUUCCAUGGAAAACUGCGACUCCCAGGAUUACGUCAGGAUGGAGAGAGCGACUGUGGAGCGUUAAAAAAGACAAAGUUUGAAUUUGACGUCUGCAGCAGUGAAUUAAAAUGGCUCUGCCAGAAAGUAGCUUUCCUGCUAUAGACUGCGGCACGACUGAUCGGGACAGGAAAAGGCCUUCAGUGUCUGAAACAUCUACAGUAUUUUCAGCUUUACUUAUAAAUGUCAUGUCAGAAGCUGGGGCCAGAGCCCUGCUGGCGUGAAUCAGCCAUAGCUCCCCUGGAGACAAGGGGGCCAGACCCCCAGCUGGUGGACAUCUGCGCCUUUGACGUCAACCUUCAACGGUUUUAUUGUCCACUAAAGAAAAGCAAAUCCACCCGCUGGGCCACAAUGGCCACAGGUUUUCCGCACUCCAGUCCCCCAGGAAUAAAGAGGACACACCCCUCCCCCCAGGGCUGGCAAAGCUGGGGAGCUAGUGCCCCCGCAAUGGAAAUAUUGCAACCUUGCACAGCGGGCGCACAGCUUGGGGCGUGGGGGGCAAGAGUGGGACCAAGGAGGCUGGAACGGGCCUGGGAACAGGUAGGGACCAACCUUCCCAGCCUGGAGCCCCCU